GCGACUCCAGUCUCCCGUUAGCUCGUCGAGCCUUGACAUUGCGAAGAUGGAGGCUGUUAUGGUUUAGACCAGGAUACGUCGGAAGCAGAAACUCCGCAUUCCAGAGCUCUGUUAUGACAACAUUUCCAGCCGCUUCAGGUGGAGGCAGGAGGUAGAAGGUAGAAGGUGUGUGCAGAGUGCAGUAGACAUCAGCAGCAUGUACUCCGAGUGGCGCUCGCUGCAGCUGGUGGUGCAGAGUGACCAGGGCCACCUCAGCGUCCUGCACACCUACCCCACCAGUGUGGGCACGGAGGUGGCAAAUGCCGUGGUCAAGCCUCUCGGAACGGCUGUGAGUCCCGUGGCCACAGAGAACAUCCUGAAAACCGACAAAGAGGUGAAGUGGACCAUGGAGGUGCUGUGUUAUGGCCUGACCCUCCCACUCGAAGGGGACACCGUCAAGCUGUGUGUGGAUGUGUACACAGACUGGAUGAUGGCGCUGGUGUCUCCCAGAGAGUCCAUGCCUCAGCCUGUGGUCAAAGAGCCCAAUAUGUACGUCCAGACGAUUCUCAAACACCUCUACAACGUCUUUGUUCCCAGGCCUGAGCAGCACAGCCUGAACCACAUCAGGCUCUGCCAGCAGGUUCUAACUGCAGUCCAGAAGCUGGCGAGAGAGUCCGCCUCCAUGGUGAGAGAAACCUGGGAGGUGCUUCUGCUCUUCCUGCUUCGCAUCAAUGACACAUUACUCGCACCGCCUACAGUCGGAGUGGGAGUAGCAGAGAAGCUGGCUGAGAAGUUGAUGGCGGUGCUGUUUGAGGUGUGGCUGCUGGCUUGUGCCCGCUGCUUCCCCACGCCGCCGUACUGGAAGACGGCCCGGGAGAUGCUGGCCAACUGGAGACAUCACCCUCCUGUCGUAGAGCAGUGGAGCAGAGUGGCCUGCGCUCUGACCUCCAGACUUUUGCGGUUCACCCACGGACCUUCCUUCCCUCCUUUCAAAGUUCCUGACGAAGAUGCCAAUCUAAUUCCUGUAGAGAUGGACAACGACUGCGUGGCACAGACGUGGUACCGCUUCCUCCACAUGCUCAGUAACCCCGUGGACCUGAGCAACCCUGCGAUAGUGAGCACCACCCCAAAGUUUCAGGAGCAGUUUCUCAACUCGAGCGGCAUCCCCCACGAAGUGGUCCUGCAUCCGUGUCUGAAACAGCUGCCCCAGAUCUUCUUCAGGGCCAUGAGGGGCGUCAGCUGCCUCGUUGAUGCCUUCCUGGGUAUAUCACGCCCCAGGGCCGACAGUGCCCCGCCCACCCCGGUCAACAGAAUGAGCAUGUCCCCGCCCCCGUCCAUCACCAACACCACACCCCCUCACAGCCGCAAGCAGCGGCACACGGUGGUCACCAAAACGGCGAGCAAGAGCUCCACCGGCAGCGGCAGCCAACCAACCAAAGCAUCCCAGCAGCAACAGCAGCAGCAGCAGCAGCAGCAGCAGCAGCAGCAGCAGUCGUCCUCUCCGACCCUGCUCUCCAGCCCCAACCAGAGCAGCUGGGAGUCGCGGCCGCUGCCCGCCCCGGCACGGCCCAAGGUCAACAGCAUCCUCAACCUGUUUGGCCAGUGGCUGUUCGACGCCGCCCUGGUGCACUGUAAGCUCCACAGCGGCCUCAGCCGAGACCCCAGCAUGACCGCCUCUUUUAUCCAAAUUCUCCUUUCUUAUAAAUCUUCAAUAGCCACCCAGGUGGGCCUGGAGCUGAGGAGGAAGGGCUCCCAAAUGUCCACCGACUCCAUGGUGUCCAACCCGAUGUUUGACGCCAACGAGUUCCCGGAGAGCUACGAGGCCGGGCGUGCCGAAGCCUGCGGGACUCUGUGCCGCAUCUUCUGUAGCAAGAAAACCGGAGAGGACAUUCUGCCCGUGUACCUGUCCAGGUUCUACAUGGUCCUGAUUCAGGGUCUCCAAAUCUCCGAUUUUAUCUGCCGACCAGUUCUGGCUUCGAUCAUUCUAAACUCUUCCUCUCUCUUCUGUACUGACCUGAAGGGCAUCAAUGUGGUGGUGCCUUACUUCAUAGCUGCACUGGAGACGAUUGUGCCAGACAGGGAACUGUCCAAAUUCAAAAUGUAUGUAAAUCCUACGGACCUAAGAAGAGCCUCCAUCAAUAUCCUGCUGGCCAUGCUGCCUCUGCCCCACCACUUUGGAAACAUCAAAUCAGAGGUUUUGCUGGAGGGAAAGUUUAAUGAGGAGGACGGGUGGCCUCAUGACCAGCCUGUCUCCUUUCUGUCCCUGCGGCUCCGUCUUGUGAAUGUCCUCAUCGGAGCGCUGCAGACUGAAACCGACCCCACCAACACACAGCUCAUCCUUGGUGCAAUGCUGAAUAUUGUUCAAGACUCGGCGCUGUUAGAGUCCAUUGGUGCACAGACUGAAACGGGGAGUAUAGACGGGAGUCACAUGACAGUGAGGAGUCACAGUCGCACCAACAGCGGCAUCAGCUUCAACAGCGGAGGCAGCGCAGAGGCCACCAGCCCGGACUCCGAGCGCCCCGCACAGGCUCUGCUGCGAGACUACGCUCUUCCAGAUACAGCGGCAGGCCUGCUGGUGCGCAGCAUCCACCUGGUCACGCAGAGGCUCAACUCGCAGUGGAGGCAGGACAUGAGCAUCUCACUGGCUGCUCUGGAGCUGCUGGCCGGCCUCGCCAAGGUUAAGGUGGGAGUGGACUCUGCAGACCGGAAACGUGCCGUCAGCUCGAUAUGUGGCUACAUUGUGUACCAGUGCAGCCGUCCAGCCCCUCUGCAGUCCAGAGACCUGCACUCCAUGAUCGUAGCUGCCUUCCAGUUUCUGUGUGUGUGGCUCACAGAGCAUCCCGACAUGUUGGAUGAGAAGGAUUGUUUGGUGGAGGUGCUGGAGAUUGUGGAGCUUGGAAUCUCUGGCAGUAAGUCCAGACAGGAUCAGGAGGUCCGACAUAAAGGGGAGAAGGAGCACAACCCGGCGUCCAUGAGGGUGAAGGACGCCGCCGAGGCCACUUUGUCCUGUAUCAUGCAGGUGCUGGGGGCCUUCCCUUCUCCCAGCGGGCCUGCCUCCACCUGCAGCCUGCUGAACGAGGACACGCUCAUCCGCUAUGCCAGACUAAGUGCCACGGGAGCCAGCAACUUCCGCUACUUUGUCCUCGACAACUCCGUCAUCCUGGCCAUGCUGGAGCAGCCGCUUGGCAACGAGCAGAAUCCCAGUCCAUCGGUUACUGUUCUGAUUCGAGGGACUGCUGGAAGACACGCCUGGACCAUGCAGCUCUUCCACCAGCCGAGAGGAGCUCGAGCCAAUCAGAGGGUGUUUGUUCCCGAGGGCCGUCCAACACCCAACAACGACGUGGGGAUCAAGUAUAACGUCAAGCAGAGGCCUUUCCCGGAGGAGGUGGAUAAGAUCCCCCUGGUCAAGGCGGACGUCAGUAUCCCCGACCUCGACGACAUCGUCAGCAAGGAGCUGGAGGUGCAGCACGACAAGCUCCGGAUCCUGAUGAGCAAGCAGAUGGAGUACGAGAACGCCUUGGACCGGCACAGUGAGGAAGUCUGGAAGUCCAAGCCUUUCCCCGACCCACAGACCGACUGCAAACCGCCUGCGCCCUCGCAGGAGUUCCAGACUGCACGCCUCUUCCUCUCCCACUUCGGCUUUCUGUCUCUGGAGGCACUGAAGGAACCCAACAACAGUCGUCUACCUCCUCAUCUGAUUGGCCUGGAGUCGUCUUUGCCGGGAUUUUUUGAAGACAUCAGCUACCUGGACCUGCUUCCCUGCCGACCUUUCGACACCGUCUUCAUCUUCUACGUGAGGGCCGGACAGAAGAGCAGCCCCGAGAUCCUGAGGAAUGUGGAGUCGUCGAGCAGCGUCCAGCCACACUUUCUGGAGUUCCUCCUGUCCUUGGGCUGGCCCGUGGAUGUGGGACGCCACCCUGGCUGGACAGGACACCUGGACAGAAGCUGGUCCCUGAACUCCUGCUCCGAAAACAACGACACACAACAAGCAGAAGAAGCAGCUACUCCGGAGGACACGGGAGGCUCGGUGUUCAACGGAGAGAAGAAGGUCUUGUACUACGCCGACGCUUUGACCGAGAUCGCCUUUGUUGUUCCGUCUCUCACAGAAAACUCCGAGGAGUCAUCAGUGCACAGUGACUCUACAGUGGAAGCAGACACCAACACAGACCUCAUGCCCAGCAUCCUCAAACAACCCAAUCUCACACUGGAACUGUUCCCCAACCACUCUGACAACCUGGAGUCUGCCAAAAAGCUGAGUCCUUUGGUGAAGGCAAAGAGAUCAUCGACUGGCAAGUCGUUUCCUCAGCUGGGGCCUGAGACCAAGGUGUUUGUGGUGUGGGUGGAGCGCUUUGAUGACAUCGAGAACUUCCCGUUGUCUGACCUGUUGGCGGAAACCAGCACUGGCUUGGAGGCGAGCAUGAGCAACAGCACUUCCUGCAGGUCAGGGUUACUAGAAAAAGACGUUCCUCUGAUCUUCAUCCACCCUCUGAAGACGGGACUCUUCAGGAUCCGGCUGCACGGAGCCGUGGGCAAGUUCGGCAUGGUGAUCCCCCUGGUGGACGGCAUGGUGGUCAGCCGCAGAGCUCUAGGGUUCCUGGUGCGCCAGACGGUCAUCAACGUGUGCCGGCGGAAGCGUCUGGAAAGUGACUUGUACAACCCGCCUCACGUGAGGCGGAAGCAGAAAAUAACGGAGAUCGUCCAGCGUUACCGCAACAAGCAGCUGGAGCCCGAGUUCUACACCUCGCUCUUCCACGAGGUGGGGGAGGGGAAGCCUCACCUCUAACCCCGCUGUCCUGUCCUAACACUGGCUCACACUACACACACUCACACACACACAUACACACUACACACACGCUUAUUCUACGCUCAAACACCAUUUACAGCUGUGCAUGCACACACACACACACACGCACACACACACAGAAUCUUUAUAUUUAUACUGUACUAUUUUGUUAUUUAUAUGACUACGUAUAUCAACACUGUUUGCCUUUGACUUUGAGAUCAAAGUGUCAAAAAUCAUGCCAAGGUGGGGUGAAGAAAAGACGUGACUGCGCCGACUGCGUCCUCUGACCGAGGAUCCGAACGGCUCGACGGCGAUCAUCUCUCCUCGUUUAGGUUCAACGCUUCGCUGCAAAAACACUCUCUGCUUGUCUCGAACUGCAAUACAACAGUUUCCCUGUUGGCCUUUCCCCAACCUGUAAACCGUUUGUCCUUCGAAGUGGAUGUCAUGACGUCUGCUAAUACAGAGUUGUGUCCAAACUCCAGAUCUGCUCAUCUGUUUUUGUCUCGGUCGGGACAGAUCCGCGGUCGGACUUUUAGCCAAGGAGAUUAACACAUUUUGUAACGCACAUUGCUUGCGGGCGGGACAGAGAAGUCGUUAACCCACGGAUUUUCUAGCAGAUUGGCGUCGACGUGCAGACACCUGCGAUAGUCUUCCUAGUGCGAACCCGUCUGGCAGGAGCUGACUGAGCACACAUAUUGUGGUUUGGAGUUUUCCAGAUUUCUAGAAGUCCUCUGUUGCUUUACUGUACGUGGAGGAAGGUUUGACCCCUGUGCUCUGUGCCCGGCCAUCCUGACACUACACUGUGUGUGAGAGAAAGUGUGUGUGUGCGUGUGCAUGAAUAUAACUUCAGAUGGGCAGUUGACACUACGAGGCGUCAGAGACCCCUUCAGACCCCCCCACAGAUAAACUGAUUAGCAUCGCGAUCUCUGGAUCUUUGGUUUAUUUAAACCGGCUCUGAUUUCCAUCGACGUCGUUAUUUAUUGUGGCUGCUUGACGUUUGCUCCCUUCACCUCUGGGGAAGAACUGAAAAAGUGAAGAUAAACCCACCGAGCUCUGUCCUGGAUUUACUCCUCCCUUAAGCUAGGAGAGCAAGAUCUCCAAAACUAUUGUGUAAGAUGAUCAAUUUGAAUCUAAAGGAUUGAAGAGCAGUCACAGAGAGAAAGACUGUCAAGUUUUUUUUACUGAUCUCAUGAAAGUGGUUAGCGUUAAACCUUUACGACUCGAAAACGAACACUACAAAUGAUUCCUUUACAGAUUUCUUUAUAGUUUCAAUCAAAGGUCUCUCUUUGGUGAACUCCAUCAAUACUUCUAUGGGUGUAGUUCCUGUCAGACUCUGACAAAUAUGUGAGAAAUCAAAGUUGUAUUUGGAGAUUUGCAAUAGUAAUUUAUUUAAUUACUGAAUAUGAGUUAGCAUUGGCUCUUUUAGAGCCAAAUAAUGCCUCUAGAUAUACUAUUGAUCUUGUUUUAACACUCCUGAAACUCCUGAUGGUAGUUAAGUGAGCCUUGUUGAUUUCUUCUGCACAGACGGUGGAUUGAAAAAAAAAAAAAUCACAGAUUUCUGUUUAACUUUGUUCUGUAAGUUGGAUGAAUAUUUCUUGUGCUAAUCAGAAUUAGCACCUUGAGACAGAAACAAACAUUCAAAAUGUAUUUCGACAUGCGAAGAAGCCACAGCAUGAUGGGAAAUCCAGCAGGUUCAAAUAAGUUUGUGGAAAGAAACCUUCCACACACACAUUUCUCCUCCGUUCUGAGCAAAUGAUGCAUUCAGAGGCCGGAAUACUCCAGCAUUACUGGAGUUCACGUGAGCUUUGAAUCGUUUCCUUCCCUCUUGUUGACUCACUGUACUGGGAUGGAAGCCCUCGGACUGUCUGCCUGCAACAAUGUGAAUUUAUUUACCACACAGAUGGAACCGGGGCAAACUCCUCCACUUUUUCUUUGUCCUAUUGGAAAAGUCUUAAUGCACUGAGCACAUUUUAUGUUGAUUUUUCUAAUCACUUUGGUUACCUUACAUGUCUUUUUGUACUUUUUUGUGCAUUUCGGAAGAAAAACCCGGGGGAUUAAAAAGGAAAAAAAAAAAAAAGAGAAAAACCCCAAUCUGACCCCCGACCCUGCUGAAGGAAGAGUUUUAUCUUGU